CCUAACAUGUUCUAGUGUUGUCCGAAAUGAAUUCCAUCCUUGAAUCAGACGCCAUUCUUAUUCAAAUCAUGUCCAAUCCUGGAUUAUUUCCUUUACCAGAGAAAUGGUUUCAUUCAGUUACCGGUCGAGGUUAGAAUAACACGAAAACAUCGUCCGGCGAGCACUGAAAGAAAUUUAAAAAAUGUAGGCCAACUUUCACUUGAAUCCGACCGUCUGCUUGCGUGAAACCUGUUUUCUUCAAUCCUAUGUGGCCAGUACUUAAAAUUUGACGAAUUAAAAAUGUCUCUCUCCAAAUUACGGGCGAUCUUCCAGUGCAGAAGAAUUGUGUCCAGUUCAAGUGUUGUCAGUGGUCAAUUUCAGCAGCAAAACAGGGAAAUUAACACCACUAAAGUGCAGUUCGCUAAACUCGCACAAGAUAAAAAGCCAGACUGGAACCGUGCAGUGAGUGAGGCUGAGAAAAUUGUUGGUUAUCCUACAUCAUUUUUGAGUUUGAGAUGGCUUUUGAGCGACGAAAUAGCGAAUGUGGCACUACAUUUAAGAAAAUUGGUGGGCUCCAAUCAUCCAUUACUUAAAACUGCCAAAGGUUUGUUGUACAAUGGGAAGAACAACAUGCAAGCCUGGGGCCUCAUUGUCCUCCUGGUCUCUAAAGCGGCUGGUCACUCCUUGGACAUACCCGAUUUGGAACAGGAUAAAGCUGCGGGAGUUUUGCACAGUCAAAGAGCCCUCGCCGAAGUGACUGAGAUGAUUAGAACAUCCCACUUGGUGCACAAAGGUUUGGUCAACCUGCAGCUUCAAAACAAUGCUGCCGACGACUUGAUGUUCGGCAACAAAAUCGCGUUGUUAAGCGGCGACUAUCUGCUCAGCAACAGCAGUAUCGAAUUGGCGAACCUGAAGAAUCAAGAGCUGGUUGAGUUGAUGAGUUCCGCCGUAAGGGAUUUAGCCGAAGCCGAGUUCGUUGGACCGAGAGACAAGCAGAACAACGCCUUGCCUGCUAAACCGAGAACCGAUAUCGUUGAGUACAAGCAGUUUAACGACAAAACUUUGGAACCCUGGAUUGUUAGUGAGGCUCUUGGCAAUGCUAUCCCAGAGUGGACUUUGCGCCAUGUUCUUAACGCAGGCAGUUUAUUGGGAAAAUCGUGUCAGGGCACCUUAAAACUGGCUGGCCACCCCAUAGAGCUCCAAGAAAAAGGUUACUUAUUUGGCAAACAUUUGGCAUUAGCCUGGCAAGCCUGCCUCGACAAGGAACCCUUUUUACCUGGUGCUAAGGGACCAUUUAGUUUGGUGUCCGCUCCCGUCAUGUUUACUUUACAAGACGAUCCAUCUCUCUAUAGUUUUAUCGAAAAGGGAUACGACUCCGUAGACGACGUGGAUUAUGAGGCGUUAAGGGAAGUUAUUUUGGCUGGAAGAGGUCUGGAAUUGACCAAGAAACUGCAGAGGGAGCAUUCUGACACAGCCAUGGAAGUUUUAAAUGAGCUGCCACCCAGUGAUGCCAGAACUGCUUUGGCGAAUAUCAUUGUAGCAAUGCAAGACAUCUAAUGGAAAGAAACUCGAAUCGUAUGUAUUGGUGUGAUGCAGCGUUAUUUGCUCAAUUGUAUUGAAUUACAUUAAUUUGUCAAACUAGGUAGGUAGUAUUACCCAAAACAUUCCACUUUAGUACAAAAGAACAUUAUCUUACACUCAUUUGCUUAAAAUUCUUUUCAUUGAAUAAUGUAGAUUUGUAACAAACUUUAAUCUAACUCUUAAAAUGGUUCAAAAUCACAUGCAAUACAGUACAGCAACAAUAGUUACCAAACAUCACAAUUUACCAAAUCAAGCAAUAAUGUCCAUUAAGGCCUUAAUUUAGUAUUAUUCUGUGAUAUUGAGCUUUUAACUUUUCGAAUAUUACUAUUUGUAUGAACCUUGUAUAUUUUCAUAUUUAUAUUUUUAUACUGGUGUUGGAUAUCAUGAUGUAAUACACUUCAUUUUUGAUAUACAGAAAUAUAUAAAUUUACAUAAUG